AUGGCCAGGAAGCGUGAAGUGGCGACUUUUGCUGCUGCUGAUCCGGCAGCAGGAGCAGCAGCCGGCAGCCGCUUGAGCUCAUGUAGUAUCCACGGGACCGCAGCAGCUGCACAACAGGCGUUUCAUUUGCUGACGCGGGGCCCUUCUCCCUGGAGCAAAAGCGCUUCACUUCAUGGGCCACGUCAGCAGCAGCAGCAGCAGCAGCAGCAGCUGCAACAACUGCAGCAGCUGCAACCGCAUCAGCAACAGCGGCAGCAACAACAGCAGCCUCCAGCCUCACUGUUUUCUGCUCCAACCAGUGGCCUUGUCCAGUCCCCUGGUUCUAGCUAUGAGCCCACCCGUUCCUGCCCUGGGGGUCCGCCCGCGCCUCUCUCUGUGCCAUACGCGAUGGAAUAUGAGAGUUGGACUGGUGCUGCAGCCCAUCUGCAGCGUCAGCAGCAGCAGCGGCUGCCCUCUCCCCCGUCGGCUGUAAAUACACCCCAAAACUCCCCGUCCUGCGACGUUUGGGGGCCCAAGAGCGUCUCCCCCGCGUAUUCCCCUGCAAUGGGUAGCGAUUACUCGAUAUGGCAGCAGCCGGGGGCCUCCCCAAGCCCGCAGGAUCAGCAAUUGCUCUUGCAGAGGCAGCAGAGUGGCGAGUGUGGCGGAACCGACAGCUCUCCUCCCCGUCGAAGCGUGCUUUCAAGCGACAGUAUGAACAUGAGCUUCGACGCUGUGCUCGAGCAGGUGUGCCGUCUCUUGCAUGCGAAUAGCGGCGGUUCCGUCUCCUCAGCAUCUACUCCCAGGAAAGCCUCCCUAGCGGACUACCCCUUAGAAGGCCUCCUCCCAGCCACACAGAUCGCAGUCAACGGCCGCGUGUGGCGUGGGGAGGAGGGGCCCUUUGCUGCCGCUGCCCAAGCACCUGCGGAAGCCGGGGUAGACGGAACGCAGCAGCAACAACUGCACCAGCAGCAGAUGCAGCAGCAGCAGCAGCAGCAGCAGCAGCAGAGGGCAUCGGGAAGGUCUCGAACUCAAGGGAGGACGAAAUACGGUCGGCCACACAACCAGUCGGAUCCGGUGACUCGCAGCAGCCCAACCGCUGGUGUAUCUGAAAAUAGCUGGCCAGUGGUGCAGGGGGCUCUGCACCAGGCAAAGCAGCUGCUGCAGGGCCCUUUGCAGCAGCAGCAGCUUGUAGACGCUGCUGGGAACGCUCAGAUUCACGAGUGCCUCUCUCGCCUGCAUGAAGCCGUUCUGGUCCUGCAGCGGGAGAAUCAGCUGCUGGUGUCUCGCAUUCAGCAGCAGCAACAACAGCAGCAGCAGAUGCGUCUGCAGCAGCCCUUCCAGCUGCUGCAUGCCCCGAAGGGGGGUGCAGCCUCUAGGGCUCAGUCUCUGAGUCCGUUCGGCACUGCGAGCGAGUUUAGUGGGUGCGCUGAAGGAAGCGGCGGCAGCAGCAGCUCAGCAGCUAACCUCUCUUUCAGCAGGGCCCUAAGUGGGGGCGUUUUGCCUCGACCCGAAGUCUCCGCAGAUGAAAUAAGGAGUGCACCGAACCCUUCAACUCCUCUCCUUAGGGGCGGCGACAUUUCUGUCGAACGCUUCCUCAGCACGUUUCCGUUCGCUCCCUGUACCCGUGAGUACAGCCACUCGGUGUUGAAGCUUUGUGCAGAUCACAACCUCGUGGUGAAGCUCCUAGGCUUCCAAGGGCGUCGGGUAGAGCUGCUGGAGAGGCACCACCGUUGCAGGAUUCAGACUUCUGCCCAGUCUGCGUCAUUUCCUGGAUUUCCAAAUGGCCGCUGCGUGCUUUUUGUGGGGGCCCUUCCUUCCCUGCUGAGGGCCAGUGCGGAUCUUUUUGCGGUUGCUGACACCAGUAGGCCGGGGCUUAGGCUCAACGUCGAGGGCUACAGGAUGUGUCUGGUGGUACCUGGGGAGUACGUAGGUCGCCUGUUGCGCAGCAACUGUGCAGGCUUGCAUGCGCUGCAGGAAGGGGGAGGCAGGACAGUUCACAUAGCCUUGGGGAAUCUGUGUGUUCUAAUGGGAGGUGGAUACUCAGAACGGGUAUUGCUGAUUGAUGGGGCCCUUGAGGGCGUUGCUCGGGUGUUGGAGAUGGCCGCUAUGCAGCUACAGGAUUUCUUCCGACGUCACCCGGGGCCCCCAGGGGUCGCCACGGGGGCAGGUCCUCCCCCCCUCAUUCAGAGGUACGAGUUCUUAGAUUACCCGAAAAGAAUCGACGUUCAGCUGUCAUGA